UCUCUUGCAUUCACCAGUCCAGCUUUUCCAAUGGGGAUGACUCGUGAAAGGAAAGUUCUAGUGCAUUGUUCAUCUACUAGUUUGUUUAUUUACUAGUUUGUUUAACCCAGACCUUGGAUGUGGGGACUUUAAUUUGCACAUGGAUUGGGUAUAUAGCUACCAUGUGUUUUGUCCUCCUAUAGCCAGUAGUUCUUCAGACAGUGGAUCCAUGGCAGCUGUAGGGACAUGGACAUGGGGUUCUCUCAGCCUGAUUACCGCUGGACGAGAUGCUACGGACAAUGUAGAGGAUGCCAUGGCAGAGGUUGAAGAUGACCCAGAGACUGGGCAUCACAUUGUGGGGAGGGGAGGAUUCCCUAAAGUGGGGGAGUGUGAUGCUGCCAUCAUGGAGGGCAUCGCCGGCAGGUUUGGGGCAGUCACAGCACUACGAUGUGUUGGGGCUCUGGUGCGGGUGGCUUGUAGGGUGAUGGACAGGAGCCCCCAUAGUCUGCUGGUUGGGGAUGGAGCAGCAGCUUUCGCCAGGGAGCAAGGCUUUACUAUAGAGUCCAAUUACAACAUGCUGUGA